AUGGCCACGGCUCCAGCUGGUUCAGAUGGUGGUGAUGGCACCACGGCUGGCGAGAUCGGUGGAAAUGUCCGGAGCCUGGUGACCGCUUUGCAAGGUCUAGUUGAGAGUCAGAAGAGCAAUGCAUUUGCAAAGCAUUAUAAACCACCACAGCUGUUCGCGCCAGACACAAGGCAAGAUGAACUGACCAAAUGGGGUGAUUGGCGGUUUCAGUUUGAGACAUUUGUUGGGGCCAUUGAUGAUUCACUUCUGCUGUUGAUGAAACGUGCAGAGAAGCUGGAUACACGUAUCGAGAUGACCUCGUUGACUGGCCCGGAACGCAUUUUGUCAGAACACUUGUAUUCAUUGCUGUCAGGGUUGAUGAAGAACAGGCCUUUGAGGUUGAUUCGAGGCAUCCCACAACAGAAUGGUCUGGAGAGUUGGCGAGUGUUGACAAAGGACCUCCAGCCCAAGACAAGGCAGCGUGCAUUGGCCCUGGUACAAGCAUUGAAUCGAGUUCAGUUUGAUGCAAGCAAGACGAUUACAGAACAGUUACCCCAGUAUGAAGCAAUGGUCAGGGAGUAUGAACGAGCAGCAAAUGUCACCUACCCCGACGACUUGAAAGUUGCAGCAGUGGUUGCAGCCUUGCCCCAAUCCCUUCGAGUUCAUGUGCAGAUGGCCCUACAGGACGACACCACGUUCGAUGAUCUAAGGAGUCGUGUGGAGAUGAACCAGCAGGUCCCGGAAGCUGGAACUCAGCUUGCAAUCAAGCCUGGAGGUACAGAUGUUGAUACCUCAGCACCGAUGGAGGUCGAUGCGGUUUGGUCAGGCAAAGAAGGGAAGAAGGGCAAAGGAAAAGGAAAGAAGGGGCAGAAAGGAAAAUGGUCAAAAGGUAAGCAAUCCUGGUCCAAAGAUGGAAAGAAGGGGAAAGGAAAGCCAGUGAGACGCGUGAGACUGGUCACGCCAACAGGCUUGAGCACCUUGGAGAUCUUCGACCUCACGGAAGGUGAUGAAGAGAACGUUGACGAUGACACCUGGCAGGAAGCCUAUGAGGUGUUGGCCAUCAAGGUGAUUGAGGAGGACGAUGAGGUCUUCUACGACUGUGAGGAGCCCAUUGAAGUUGAAGUUGGAAAGACAGGUUGCAGUACUUUUGACCUGACCAGCUGCCCAGGUGAGAAGGUCGAGAAUGAGAAGAUUUGCAUGGUACAGAGCCCAAUGCCCACCGCAGUGGUGACGUUAGACUCCGGAGCAGACGUUCACGUGUGGCACCGCACAUGGUGGAUGCUCAGGGCGAACGAAUAUCGUCGACUUCGGCUGAUUGCUACAGCCAAGGAUGGGUCGGCAGUGUGGAAUUGGUUGAGCAAUUUGCUCUUGGCCAAGGAGAAUUCGUUGGUGAUGGAGGUACAGGUGUGCGCAAUUCGUUCAGAGGAGGACGAAGAUGUCGUCAUGGAAGAGAAGGACAUUGAAAUGCCCCCAGAAGUAGCAGGAUCAGGAGAAGAGAGGAAGAACGAGACUCGAGAGGAGAAAGUUGAGAGUCCAGAAGUGGAGCACGCAGAAAAGAUGUCAAAAGGAGACGUCACACCCGGCUACACCUCGGAAGACACUGUUCAGCAGGUGCAUGAUGAUGAGAGCAGUGAUGGACGAGUGCAAAAUCGUUUGGCCAGGUGGAACAAGAAGCUGCAGCCCGUGAAGAAGGAGCCCAUUGAAUUGAGCCCAGAGGACAGCCAAGGCGUGGGAGAAAUGCGCCAAGGACUGAUCGUUGAAGGACAGCCCAAGUUUGUGAACAGACCCUGGAUUCCAUUUUCAGCCAAUGUCAUUGCACCAGCAAGAGCUUGUCCAGAACUUCGUGGAUUCAUUUCCAGAGAACUGGCCAUGUUAGAGAGUGUUCCAGGCUGGCACAUUUUACCAAAUGGGAUCAUGGUCCACUCCAACCCCAAUGCGAUGCAUUUUCAUGAUCCCAGGUCAGCAUUUGGGGACGAAUGGACCUCCCGGAUGACGUUGAUCAAAGAUCGGAAGGGAAGCCAAUGGCAGCAGGUUGAGUCAUUGGUUGACUACAGAAGUUCUCCUGCACCAUUUCAGCCAUUGCCUCAAGGACCGCGAAAGAUUUUGACGUUCAUUGCAACGAGCAGGAUUCGAGACUACUUUGGCCCUGAUUGUGAAGUUCCAGUGAGCCAGUAUCCGUUGCUGGACGGAGAGUCAUCUUCGUGGCCCGAGGAUGAGGAGGUCGAUCGUGAAGGUGGUGAGAUCCCUACAUUGGCAGCUGAAAGUGGAGAACAACCAGAAGUUCGAGAGGAGGUGCUGUUCGCUGACCCUCAGGAGAUAGAGGUCCAAAUAGAUGAAGAAGUGGUGACCAUGGCAAAUACUUUGAAGAAAGUGCAGGAAAAGUGCAACAUGCUUGGGUUGGCAACUUCAGGUUCCAAGGCAAAGCUGUUGGCCCGGCUACAGAAGUAUAAGCAUCGUGAGGAGGAGCGCAUUGCCUAUGAGAGUGCCAAGAGGCUUUAUGCUGAAAGUCGACGUGAGGCCAUCCCGAUCAAGACUCCAAAGCUGCCUACCAGGUUCACUAUGUCAGUGGCCAAUGCCAAUCCAAUCAUCCUGCAAGCAGAUGGUGAGCCAGCUACAAAGCAGGUGAUGAGAGCAGUUCAACAUGCUCGAGCUGCACUAGGCAUGGCCACAGAGAUCAGAGCAACAGGAGCUGGACAGCAUGCAAGCAAUGGUCAAGCCGAGAAGACCGUACAAUCUGUGAGAAAGCUUGCCAACACCUUGAGAAGUUUUGCUGAAGAGAAAACAGGUGUGAAGAUCACAGGUCUACACCACAUAUAUCCAUGGAGCUUCCGGCAUGCGGCAUGGUUGAUGACAAGAUACAGGGUCAUCAAUGGGGCCACAAGCUUUGAGGUGAUGAAUGACCGGAAGUACAAUGGGAAGGUGGUGAUCUUUGGAGAGGCGGUCCUCUUUAAAGAUACAAUGCGGGCCAAGUGGAAAGGAGAGCCUGUUUACAGAAGAGGCAUCUGGGUUGGCAAGUCAUCCUGGUCAGACAGUCACAUCUUGCUCACUCGAAGUGGUGCUGUGGAGGCCCGAAGUAUCCGGAGGCUGCCGGAGCAGUUUGAUGGCAAUCUUCUGGUCACAGCCCGUGGAGUUCCAUGGCAAUACAGUGUUCAAGGACUGUUGAUGAGAAGUAAGUUUGCAGCACGAACCAGGAAAGCAAAUGCCGAAGAGGAAGCUGAGGGCAAUGAAGAGGUGUUGGAGGAGGAAGCCAAGAAGACAGGUGAACGUGCAUUGCUGGUGUGUCGAAGUGAUUCAUCAGCAGCAAGAGCCCUAGCAACAAGAGUUGGCAUUGGACGAAGCACGCACAUUGCAGCAGCCAUGCUUUGGUUGCAAGAGAAGACCAUGGACAAGUCGAUCCGAGUGACAGGAGUGCCAACGGCGGUCAACACAAGUGAUGCUGGGACGAAGUGUCUCAGUAAGAGUCGGUUGAAAGGUUUGAAGUUCCUCAUGAAGAUGGUGGACGAGAACGACGAGAAGAUCGGCCGUGAUGAGUACAAUGGAAUUGCAGCUCAAGAAGAGAUGAGGAAAAUGGGCAAAGCCUUCAAAGGAAGUGGUGCAAAGGUGGCAAUGGUGAUUGCGGCACUACUUCGGGGCAAAGGUGAAGAGCUGAUGACGACUCAGCCGGCGCCAGAAGAGAACAGUGGAAGUUUCAUGUGGAUGUUUGCCUUCACAAUCGUACUGGCAACUCUCGGGGCCUUGAGCCUAUGUCAGGCUGUGAGGGCAUGGAUCCACGAUUGGUGCAGUAAGAACGAUGAGCCGGAGGUGAUUGACGAGAAGGAGGCGAAGCAGAUGAAGAGAAUGUUGUCAAAGGUCUUAAGUGACCUUGAGAGAAAGGAGGAUGAAUUGAUGAUGCAGAGAAAAGAGAUUGAGAGGUUGAGAGAAGAAGUGAAAGAAGAAAGAAAAGAAGCGGCAGAAAUUCGUGAAGAGUUACAGGAGGCAAGAGAUGAGCUCGAUCAGUUGAAGGAUCCUGCAAGAAGUGGUGAAAGAUGGAAAGAGAUUGCAGAGCAAGAGAAGGAAAAGGCAACCAAGGCCAUUGACGUGGCCACAGGCUGGCGAGCGAAAGGUGAAGAGUCAAAGAUGAAAGCAGAAACCAUGAUGGCAAAAGCAGAAACCAUGAUGGCAAGGGCAGUCCAGAUGCGUGAUGAAGCUCAAGAGCAUGUGAGAAAUGAGAUGACAAAAGUCCGACACAAGGUCGAAGGAUUUGAAUGGACCGUGUCAACAUGGUGA